AUGUCUCGAUUCUCUCGCUACGACACCGACGAGGAGCGUCUUCCCGAGGGCAUGCAGAGAGUUGGCUACGAUGCUGACACUCAGGUCUACACGUUCCGCGACGCCGACGGCAGCUACUGGGAGAGCGCGCCAGGCAAUGAAUACGGCCAGCUCACAAAGGUCGGCGAAGCUCGCCCUGAAGGUCAAGAGACCGAGACCUUCCUCAUGACAAGCCAGCAGCAACGGCCCAAGAUGUCGUGGUUCACCGAGAUGAAACCUUUUCUUAACUUUCUCAUGCUCGUCAUUCUAUCGCUUGUCUUGCUCUUCUGGUUCCUCGGCUACAAGGGUUCUUCGUCGGAUGAGCGUAUUCCCAUAGCGGACUGCCCUGAGGGUACGGUUGCGUAUGCGAUUCACAAGGGCGAUACGUGCUGGGAAAUUGCGAACAAGAAUGGGGUGAGCGUUGAUGACUUGAAGGACAAGAAUCCGGACCUCAAUUGUGAGGCUCUCAAGACCAAUGAUCGCAUUUGUGUGCCUGGCAAGAAGAGUGUUGAUUGA